AUGAAGAUCAUGGGAGAAGAAGGUGUUCCUGCAACCACUUACUUAAAAACUAUGUUGUUGGCAGAUGUAUUUCUUUUUCUCCUUGUGUCGGUGAAGGCAAAAGGAAGAGAGGAUUUGCAGGUUAACCGGCUGGAAACGCAAAUAUGGAUAAAACCAGACAUACAGAAGACAGAUGUGGACUUUUCAGAAAUUCUUAAUGCAAUACAAGAAAUAGCUAAGGAUGUCAACAUUUUUUUUGAUGAGUUAGAAGGUGUGAACAGCCCUUCCAAAGAUGAUGACUCCCUGCUUCACCAUGGUAACUUGACCAGUACUUCUGAUGAUGCCAGCAGGUUGGAAGUUGUGGGAGAGGAAAUACCUGAUAAGAACAAAACCAAUGGACUAUAUUUUAGAGAUGGGAAAUGUCGGAUUGACUACAUCCUGGUGUAUAGAAAAUCCAAUCCACAGACAGAAAAGAGGGAAGUAUUUGAGAGAAAUAUCAGAGCAGAAGGACUUCAAAUGGAAAAAGAGUCAUCUCUAACAAACAGUGACAUCAUCUUUGUGAAGUUGCAUGCCCCUUGGGAGGUCCUGGGCAAAUAUGCUGAACUAAUGAAUGUAAGAAUGCCUUUCAGGCCCUUUAACCCCUUCAAUGCUGGAGCCCCCUGCAUACUUGUGCGCUGCUGUUUUUUAAAUGGACAUUUCAUUGAAAUCAAUGGGAGGUCAAGAAGAUCCAGGAGAAAAAUCUAUUACCUGCACCGCCGAUACAAGUUCAUGAAUAGGAUCGAGAAACAAAUAAGCAGGUUUCGAGGAUGGUUACCUAGAAAGCCAAUGAAACUGGACAAGGAGACACUGCCAGAUCUGGAGGAGAAUGACUGCUAUACUGCUCCAUUCAGCCAACAAAGGAUCCAUCACUUCAUCAUACACAACAAAGAUACUUUCUUCAAUAAUGCUACAAGAAGUAGAAUUGUACACCAUAUCUUACAAAGAGUGAAAUACGAAGAAGGGAAAAACAAAAUUGGUCUGAAUCGAUUGCUCAGUAAUGGCUCCUAUGAAGCUGCAUUUCCUCUUCAUGAGGGAAGUUACAGAAGUAAGAAUUCAAUAAGAACACACGGGGCAGAAAACCACAGACACCUACUCUAUGAGUGCUGGGCUUCCUGGGGAGUGUGGUAUAAAUACCAACCACUGGACCUCGUGAGACGGUACUUUGGUGAGAAAAUUGGGCUGUACUUUGCCUGGUUAGGCUGGUACACGGGGAUGCUCUUCCCAGCUGCCUUCAUUGGAUUGUUUGUCUUUUUGUAUGGAGUCACCACUUUGAACCACUGCCAAGUCAGUAAAGAAGUCUGCCAAGCUACAGAUAUUAUAAUGUGUCCUAUAUGUGAUAAAUACUGUCCCUUCAUGAGGUUGUCAGACAGCUGCGUUUAUGCCAAGGUAACCCACCUUUUUGACAAUGGAGCUACUGUCUUUUUUGCUGUUUUCAUGGCGGUGUGGGCAACUGUUUUUCUGGAGUUUUGGAAAAGAAGGCGAGCAGUAAUUGCUUAUGACUGGGACUUGAUAGACUGGGAAGAAGAAGAGGAGGAAAUACGUCCGCAGUUUGAAGCCAAGUACUCCAAGAAAGAACGAAUGAACCCCAUAUCCGGGAAGCCAGAGCCUUAUCAAGCAUUUGCAGAUAAAUGCAGCAGACUCAUUGUUUCUGCAUCUGGAAUAUUUUUUAUGAUCUGUGUGGUGAUUGCUGCUGUUUUUGGCAUUGUUAUUUACCGUGUUGUGACUGUCAGCACUUUUGCUGCCUUUAAGUGGGCUUUAAUCAGGAAUAACUCUCAGGUUGCAACUACAGGGACUGCAGUGUGCAUCAACUUUUGCAUCAUCAUGCUACUGAAUGUGCUGUAUGAAAAGGUUGCUCUUUUCCUGACAAAUUUAGAGCAGCCUCGUACCGAAUCCGAGUGGGAGAACAGCUUCACUCUGAAAAUGUUUCUUUUUCAGUUUGUCAAUCUGAACAGCUCUACCUUUUAUAUAGCAUUCUUCCUUGGAAGAUUUACAGGACACCCUGGUGCCUACUUAAGGCUGAUAAACCGGUGGAGACUGGAAGAGUGCCACCCUAGUGGAUGCCUUAUUGAUCUCUGUAUGCAAAUGGGUAUUAUAAUGGUGUUAAAGCAAACCUGGAAUAAUUUCAUGGAACUGGGCUACCCGCUAAUUCAAAACUGGUGGACCAGGAGAAAACUACGACAAGAGUAUGGCACACAGAGAAAAACAAGCUUCCCACAGUGGGAAAAGGACUACAAUCUGCAACCUAUGAAUGCUUAUGGACUCUUUGAUGAAUACCUGGAAAUGAUUCUUCAGUUUGGGUUCACAACCAUUUUUGUGGCAGCUUUUCCACUGGCACCGCUUCUGGCCUUACUUAACAAUAUUAUUGAAAUUCGGCUUGAUGCAUACAAAUUUGUUACCCAGUGGAGAAGACCUUUAGCUUCAAGAGCCAAAGAUAUAGGAAUCUGGUAUGGGAUCCUGGAAGGCAUUGGAAUACUUUCUGUUAUCACAAAUGCAUUUGUUAUAGCUGUGACAUCAGAUUUCAUCCCUCGCCUUGUUUAUGCUUACAAAUAUGGACCUUGUGCUGGCCAAGGAGAAGCUGGACAAAAGUGUAUGGUUGGCUAUGUUAAUGCCAGUUUAUCAGUAUUUCUGGUGUCUGACUUUGAAAACCGUUCAGAGCCAACAUCAAAUGGAAGUGAAUUCUCUGGUUCACCGUUAAAAUAUUGCAGGUACAGGGACUACCGAGACCCUCCUCACUCCCCAGUGCCCUAUGGUUACACACUGCAGUUCUGGCAUGUCUUAGCAGCGCGGUUGGCUUUCAUUAUUGUAUUUGAGCACCUUGUCUUUUGCAUAAAGCACCUGAUUUCCUACUUAAUCCCAGAUCUCCCAAAAGAUCUGAGAGAUCGGAUGAGGAGAGAAAAGUACCUGAUUCAGGAAAUGAUGUAUGAAGCUGAACUAGAACGUCUGCAGAAGGAGCGGAAGGAAAGGAAGAAGAACGGAAAAUCUUAUCACAAUGAGUGGCCAUGA